AUGCUGCAGUUUCUUGAUAUGUGCCUGUCAGUUGAAGCUGGAAAUUGUUCGUGGAGCCGUCUCGGCCAUUACUGGCAAAAAACUAUCAUUUUUGUACCAUAUUUAUUGCGCCACAAAUCAAAACCAAUUAUUUUUAUAAACAUUAUGCAAAAAAAUUGCAUGAAAAAAACACUUUCUUUGCAGACACGUCAAAUGAUCGCAGUGACGCCGAAAAAAACUAUUCCACACGACACACAGUUUAUGUCUGUGUUCGGUUAUCUACAAAUUAAAUGCAGUAAUGAUAAUGUCGGUUACUGCAAAGGUUUAUCAGACCAUAAAGUACUGGAAAGUUGUGAAGAGCAGCUGAGAUAUGCGACAAACGAAGAAUGGUUUAGGCAUAAAUUAUUGAGAUUAAAACUUGAUGCUUCUAAAAAAUUACUGGGCUUUUCGCAGACAAAACGCAGCCGUGAAUGUUCUUCAAUUCGGUCAAUCUUAAGCGAUAUUUACGCAAUUCACCAGAAAUACUGCUACCAGGUAGUUAGUCCUUCAACGGUAAAAAGUUGUAAUGAUGGUCACACGUCAACGACAAACGUAAUAAUGGUUGAACGUCUUCCACAACUGAGAGCAAUUUCUUUAUUAUUUUUCUGCUGUUACACUGAAGCAAUCCGCUGUGAAAUCCUUGUGCAUGGAAAAUGA